CUAGCCCCAGGGCAGGGGCGAUUCAGCAGCUUAACCCCAGCGCACCAAUGAGCGCGCAGUGGGGCGGCGUAGGGCGCGAGCGUCGGCCGGGGGACGCUGGCGGCUCCCGCGCUCUCCGCCUCGGGCGACCUGCAGGGCGGCGGCGGGACCUGUAGAGGGUGCCGGGGUUUCACUGACGGACCGGUUUGGCCCAUCCCGGCCGCCUUACAGCUCGUCCCCGGGCCCCGCCGAGCUCCUCGGGCUGGCUCCAGCCUCCUGGGGCUUCUCGGGAGACUCCCCGGCGGCCGGGCCGGGCGCCGCUCCCCGCCAAGGCCGCGGACCAUGUUCCCCAGCACCGGCUCCAACGGGCUGUAUAAAGCACCUCUGUCAAAGAGUCUUUUAUUAGUCCCAAGUGCCCUGUCGGUUCUAUUGACUCUGCUCUUCCAACGUUAUCAGAAGUUCUUCACGUAUAACCUACAAGCUGUAAAAGAGGAUUUUCAGAUUUGGAGACUUGUAUUUGGGAGAACGAUAUGUCUUGAUCUGAAAGAUACAUUCUGCAGUAGCUUGCUCAUUUAUAACUUCAGGAUAUUUGAAAGAAGAUAUGGCAGCCGAAAAUUUUCAUCCUUUUUAUUGGGCUGCUGGAUGCUGUCAGCUUUAUUUGAUCUUCUCUUUGUAGAAGUUGUGCAAUAUGCAUUUGGCAUCACCAUCAGCAGUUUGCCUUCUGGAUUCUUGGGUCCUGUAUUUGCUCUGUUUGUACCAUUUUUUUGCUCUAUUCCAAGGAUGCAAGUGACACAAAUAUUAGGCCAAUUUCCCAUCACAAACAAGACAUUGGUCUAUAUACUGGGUUUACAGCUUGUAACCUCUGGUUCCUACAUCUGGAUUGUAGCCGUAAGUGGACUGAUUUCUGGGAUGUGCUACAGCAGUAGUGUGCUAAAAGUUCAUCAGGUGCUUUGUGUUCCCAGCUGGCUAGCAAAAAUAUUUUCUUGGACUCUUGAACCAAUAUUCUCAUCUGCAGAACCAUCCAAUGAGAUUCGAGUAGGAAUGGGAGCAACAGUGGACAUCCAGAGACAGCAGAGAAUGGAAUUACUGGAUCGUCAAAUCAUGAUGUCUCAGUUUGCACAGAUGAGACGGCAAAGACAACAGCAGGGCAGGGUGAUUAACUGGAAUCGAAUCCUUCCUCCUUUACGUCGUAGACAUAAUGCAAAUUAUCAAGAUAAUGGCCAGUCUGAGCAAGAGGCACCUCCAACUGCUGAAGUUUCUGAGGAACAGGUUGCACGACUUAUGGAAAUGGGAUUUUCAAGGGUAGAUGCUUUGGAAGCUCUGAGAGCUUCAAAUAACGACCUUAAUGUAGCUACCAACUUCCUACUGCACCACUGAUGAUUGCCUGUGAAGAAAAACUUCUUCAGCAAGAGGAUCAAAGCCACCUCUGGAUAGACUCAUAAAGAGCAAAAGCCAAGGAGAAGAAAUGUCUACUAUACGCGAUGUUUCAAAGUAGUGUUAAUGGAUGGCACUGACUGUUCCUAAAUCUCCAAAUAAAGUGGUAGUUACUGUUCUGGUUAUUCUUUAAAAGUAACUUUUAUCUCUAUAUGUUCUGUGAUAUCCUCAAAUUUUAUUUUAAAAAAUUUGUGUCUUUCUUUUUUAAAUCAGUAUCAGACAUAUUAUUAUUCCUAAUAACUAGGAUAUACAGAAGCAACUCAAACUACUGCAAACAGCUAAAUUUACCUAUCAGGAAAAAUUAUAAUUCUAUUCUUUUUCUCAGUUUCUUUGCUCUAAAACUGCAACUCUACAUUAUUUUACAGUAUUUUGAUUUUUGAUCACGGUAAUGAGAAAAUGUGGUGGGUAAUGUCAUUUCUAUAAAGAAUUAUGGGACUAAUAUUUCAUUCAUCAAUAAGUUUUAUUAAUGUUUGUAAUAUUUUCUCUCUCUCAAAAUCCUUUUUAAAUAAAAGUUGUAAUUCAGUACCAUAAUUCAUGUAGGAUACCAGAACUGUUACAUGUAUAUUGCAGGUUACAUUAAGUGACUGGUAUAAAUUUAAACUAUACAAAUUGUGUAGUUAACUUUACAGAUCAGAUAACAUAAAAAUACUUGAAUGGAAGGAGUAAAAGGGAAUUUGCUGAUUACAGUAAGAUCAUACCUGACAUCAUUAAUCUGAUUUGGGCCCAUUUUCAUGGUAACAUGAUGGAAUGUUUAGUAUGCUGCAUGUUAGUUUUGCUUUUUUUUGAGCAGCCUAUACAUUUCUUUAAAAGAAAAAUACAAACCAGGCAGAGGAAAAGACCAUUCUUCUGGUUCUGUCUGGUCUUAGUUUAAUGCCGUUAUAGAUACGGACCACCCUCGGUGUACUACUGGAGGCUGUACUUAACUGUCAGUCACUGAGUGGAAGCCUAGCCUUUGGAAGGAUUGAGUCAAGCCAACAGGAGUCUAAUGGCAGGGGAGCAAGAAAUGGGUUUUAGAGUUUAAAAUGAUAAAUAUACCUAUUUCACCUCUUUUUCGGAAGUGCUGUGCCUCACCAGCUUGGGAGUUUCUGGGUACGCAGCACCUCUGCAAAUCAAGCCAGUUAUUAUGGAGGUGCCAAUUCUGGCUCCAUUAUUAAAGUUAAGUUGAGUUUUGCACUUAAAUGUAUCAUGUACAUGUGCAACAUGUAUUUUAUAUAUGUGCAUGCUGUAUGUAUUAUACAUAUAUGAUUGAAAACAGGACUGAACAUGUCAGGAAGAAUGAAGUGGAAGGAGUAAGAAGUUGGAAGGAAAGAAGAGAACAGAGGGGGGAAAGAGGAGGGAGAACUACAUUUUAGAAAUUAAAAUGAGGGGAUAAUUGGGAUUUCUAAAAAUGGCAGCUUUACUGUAUUCUGCAAAAUGAACAGAAAAUAACAUCAGAUUUUGUUCACAUUUAGGUACAUAAUGUACUUAUAAUAAUACAGAUUAUUUUGCUCAUGUCUUAAUUUCCCUUGGACUGAUUAAGAGAUUUGAAAUGAGAGGCCAUUAUUUUAGCUUGUGAACAUUGUAACGUGAGGUAUUUGCAUACAGCUACAGUCUUUUUUGUAGACUCUUCCUGCAUUUUUAAGUGAAAGACUGUUUUGAUCACAUAAAGAUGACUGGCAUUUUUCCUGCAUGGGUUAAGGAGAUGUCUGGAGUCAGUUAAGUCUGAAAACUGACUGGAUCACAAAAAGAAGCCCCGGAACCUUAAAAGGAAUCUUCAAAAAUGGCACGAUGAUUUGCAGCUCAGUUAAAACUUUUGAAGUAUACGUCUAAGAGGUCAUACUUUUUUAUUUUAAAAUAGAUGUAAAGUCUCCCCAUCACAAUCAGAAUAAUUGUAUAUUACAGGGGUAGGCAACCUAUGGCACAGGUGCCAAAGGCGGCACGCGAGCUGAUUUUCAGUGACACUCACGCUGCUCAGCUCCUGGCCACUGGUCUGGUGGGGGGGGGCUGUGCAUUUUAAUUUAAUUUUAAAUGAAGCUUCUUAAACAUUUUUAAAACUUUACUUUACAUAUAACAAUGGUUUAGUUAUAUAUGAUAGACUUAUAGAAAGAGACCUUCUAAAAAUGUUAAAAUGUAUUACUGGCACACAAAACCUUAAAUUAGAGUGAAUAAGUGAAGCCUCAGCACAGCACUUCUGAAAGGUUGCCAACCCCUGGUAUAAUAGGUGGCCAUAGAGGGUGAUAAAUAAUUGCAGAUAGAAUCAGUUACCCAUGUACGUAAUUAUGUAUUUAUAUAUUACCCAGUAAAACAUUAAAUAUAACAGAUACACUUCCAGAUACUGUCCUACUAUAGAAACAAGGGCCAGUAGAGCUGCAUCCAGAUUCCAUACAGAUUUAACACUCAGAAUGUGCAAGUAUGUAAUUAGAGUGCAAGUCAGGACUUUACUAGAGUAUUUGCAGAUUAAUAUUCUGUAGGUCUAAAUAUUUUAUUUUUGUUGUUUUGUAUUGCAGUGGUAUCCAGGUGUCCCAGUUCAGACCUAGGCACUCUUAAGAAUGUACAGACAUAUUGGAUGAAAUCCUAGCCUCACUGAAGUCAAUGGCAAAACUCACAUUGACUUCAAAGGAGCCAGGAUUUCACCCAUGGCGCCUGUCUUAAAAUGCUUGCAGUCUUCUGUAGUCUUCAUACAAAAACUUUUUUUUCUUUUUGAUCCCAGACACUACUGAAGAAAUUUGCAAGGUGAUUCUUUCAGCAAAGUGAGACUUGUAGAAAUUAGAGCUGGAAAAAAUAUGUUGGGUCACCUGCUGUAGACCAUCUCCAUGUAUGUGCAAGAUAGUUCCUUAGAGCAUAUUUACUAGUGCUUUGUCCAGUCUAAGUUUAAAUGUCUCAGAUGAUAUGGUUUCCAUGUGGAGUGCACGCCAGACAUUUUUUGAAGAGGCAAAAGAAAGUGUCUGCCCUUUCCCUUUAGCAGAAUACAAAUCAGUUUUCUAUAGGGAAAGGCUGCAAGGACGAAAUCUGGGCCCUGUUGAAGUCAGUGGCAAAAUUGUUAUUGACAUUAUUAAAGCCAUAGUCUCACCCAGAGGAUUUGUCUUCACUGCAGCUGGGAGCAUCCCAGCCCAGGUAGCAGACUUGCACUAGAUUCACUUGAGCUAGCAUGCUAAAAAUAGCAGGGUGGACAUGGCUCUGGCAGAGAUGGGCUAGCCACCCGAGCUCAGACCCAGGGUGUCGGGUGGGUUGAGAGCCUGAGUGCCGUCCAAGCCUCGAUGUCCAUUCUGCUGCUGUUAGUGCACCAACUUGAGUCCUGCUAGCAUGAGUCCAUCCAGCCGAGCUGGGAGGCUUUCUCUCAGCUGCAGUGUAGACAUAUAGACAGAGUCUCAAGUAGUGGUUGCUAUUACAGAUUUCACUAAGGCUAAGAACAUUCUUUAAUGAUGAAGCUUCUGUUGAUCAGAAUAAUUUAUCAGAGUGAGAUCUUUAACUGUCGUAUGGUAUUUGGGAAAUGCACAGAGCUUUCCAUGGGAUGACUGCAGAACUCUACAGUGGGAACAUCAGGUUCCCAGAGUCUUCCCUUUCUUUUAAGGUGCAAUAUGGUGGAGCUGUUUUCAGAAAUGUCCUCCUCUCACAGCAUAGGGGACAGAGAUUACUACCUCUCAAAUAAUUAAAUUUACAGUAACAUUUAGCUUCUUAUAUACAUAGCUGUGCUAUAUAGUGCCUAUUGAUGCCUUAAAGAACUAAUUAUUUAAGCAAAAGAUUAUGUGCAGUUAUUUUUGUAUGAAAACAAGCAAUAUACAUCCUAGGAAUGCUGAGACACUUGGCAAAAUAGCCAGCCAUCUUACAUGUGGUUAUAAUGCUGUAUAUUACUCUGGAAAAUCUCAUUGUGACUAUAAUAUGGGUUUGUUACAAGAAAAUUAAAAAGAUACAUUCC